AUGAAGUUCACUGCUGCCACACUCGCCCUUGCUGGCGCCGCUGCUGUCCAGGCCAACACUGGUGUCGAGGACGUCAAGACCCCCGUCGCGACUGUCACUGUUGUCACCACUGACUACGAGGUCUACUGCCCUGGCCCGACCACCUUCAUCCACAAGAACGCUACCUACACCGCUACCACGGAGACUACCAUCACCAUCACCAACUGCCCCUGCACCAUCACCACUGUGCUCCCUCCUGCCGUCACAACCACCGUCUCUGGAGAGCCUGGUGAGGAGUCCGGCGUGCCCACAGUCAUCCAGCCUCCCCCCGUGACCUCUAUCAUCGACAUCACCCCCGUCCCUGGGACCCCCGGUGUGCCCACCAACGUGCCCACCGGCCCCAGCGGUGUGCCCGUCCCCUCUGAUAUCCCCGUUGGCGCCGGUGUCAAGAAGACCGUUGCUGGCGUUGGUGCUCUGGUCGUGGCCGGUGCCGCUUACUUUGUCCUGUAA